GUUACACACUUACACCAAAGAAUCCCAAACCCUACCUUAAACCCUGAACCUUCUUUUCGCAGAUCUCAUUUCACAUUUCUAUGGCGGUUGCUUGUUCUUCAAGAACCCACUAAAUCCUAAUAACCUCUUACAUCUUGGAAAACGAUAAGAUCGAAAAUGGCAAAAGGCAGUGCAGCUGGACUUAUCGCUGCGCUAGCAGCUGCAGCUCUCGGAGGACAACCUGCCUACGCCGAUGGGCCUUUCAAUUUCUCUCCGUUUUCCUCCUCCUCUUCUUCUUCGGCCCAAACUGCUCCUCAGGUUCCGGCGACUGACUCGCCUCAGCCGCCUCAGCCGCCGCCGGCGGAACCUCCAAAAGCUCGCAAUGAUAAUCCCAGAACCACGUCGGCUGGGUUCGACCCGGAAGCUUUGGAGAGAGGUGCCAAGGCUUUAAGAGAGAUUAACAGCUCCUCCAAUGCAAAACAGGUUUUUGAGGUGAUAAGAAAGCAAGAGGAUACAAGGCAAGCAGAGUUAUCUGCUAAAUUGGCUGAGUUUAAGGCACUGCAAGCUCAAUCUGAAACUGAGAGGCAAAGGGUGAUAUACGAUGAACAGAAAAAGCUAGCUCAGCAACAGGCACAAAUCAAAUCACAAAUGGCUCGCUAUGAAGAUGAAUUAGCAAGGAAAAGGAUGCAGGCAGAAAAUGAACAUCAAAGAGGAAGGAAUCAGGAAUUGGUAAAGAUGCAAGAGGAGUCAGCUAUGAGACAAGAGGCAGCCAGACGAGCAACAGAAGAGCAAAUUCAAGCACAACGCCGGCAAACAGAGAGGGAAAAGGCGGAGAUAGAACGUGAAACCAUCAGAGUGCGAGCUAUAGCUGAAGCAGAAGGACGAGCACAUGAAGCUAAGCUUGCUGAAGAUGUUAACAGAAGAAUGCUACUAGAGCGUGCAAAUGCUGAAAGAGAAAAAUGGAUUUCCGCCAUAAAUACAACUUUUGAACACAUUGGAGGGGGGUUGCGUGCAAUAUUAACUGAUCAAGAUAAGUUGGUUGUGGCUGUUGGUGGUGUGACAGCCCUUGCUGCUGGGGUAUACACAACAAGAGAAGGUGCAAGAGUAAUUUGGAGUUAUGUGGACAGAAUACUAGGACAGCCGUCAUUGAUCAGGGAAUCAUCCAGGGGCAAAUACCCUUGGUCAGGUUUCUUUAAACGUGCCAUGAGUAGUUUCUCACGAGGUGGUUCUGCAUCUCAGGCUGAAAAAGGGCUUGAUGAUGUCGUUCUAAACCCUUCCCUUAAGAAAAGAGUUUCUCAGCUUGUUAGGACUAUGACUUAUACGAAGGCACAUCAGGCACCAUUUCGUAAUGUCCUUUUCCAUGGCCCUCCAGGAACAGGCAAAACAUUGGUUGCUAGAGAGAUUGCUCGCAACUCUGGUCUUGACUAUGCAUUGAUGACAGGAGGUGAUGUGGCACCCCUGGGACCACAGGCUGUCACCAAGAUACAUCAACUCUUUGACUGGGCCAAGAAGUCCAAUAAAGGCUUGUUACUGUUUAUUGACGAAGCAGAUGCAUUCUUAUGCGAGCGGAAUAAAACCUACAUGAGUGAAGCUCAAAGGAGUGCUUUAAAUGCCCUUCUUUUCCGAACGGGCGAUCAAUCUAAAGACAUAGUCCUUGCUCUAGCAACAAAUCGCCCUGCUGAUCUUGAUUCAGCUGUUACAGAUCGUAUAGAUGAAGUUCUAGAAUUUCCCUUGCCUGGUGAAGAUGAACGCUUUGAGUUGCUGAAACUUUAUUUGGAUAAAUAUAUAGCUCAAGCUGGAGCAACAAAGGCUGGUAUUUUAACUCGGUUCCGUAAACAAACACAGAAGAUAGAGAUCAAAGGUUUGACUGAUGAUAUUCUUAAGGAAGCUGCAGCGAAGACAGAAGGAUUUUCGGGAAGAGAAAUAGCGAAGCUGAUGGCAAGCGUUCAAGCUGCCGUUUAUGGUAGUGAGAAUUGCGUUUUAGAUCCUGCUCUGUUCCGGGAAGUUGUAGAUUACAAAGUUGCAGAGCAUCAACAAAGAAGAAAAUUAGCUGCUGAGGGCAAGAGUGCUUGAUUCCACAGCAUUGUGGUUCUGAUUGAUACUUUUUGCUCCGAGGAAUUAGCACAAUAUUAUGCUAUUGAAACAAAUCAUUUUUAUUGUUCCUCAAGGUUAAAGUAGCCUAUUCUUUUACCUUCAUGGAAUUUUGAUACUGACCACUUACCAGUGUUCUUGUUGAGCAUGACCUUUUGGAAGUGAUGCUGUUAGGAUUCUUUUCCAUAUUGUAAUGUUUUCAUUCAUAUCAUACUAAAAUAAAUGGAAUUCACAAUCCUUUCUUUGUU